AUGGCCGUCUCAGACCUUCCUUCUGCCCUUCUUACAAAUAAACAAGGGUACCGACUCGCCGCUGUCAGUCUGCACCUGCAAGCCCAGCGGCCAGGCUUUCGGUCCCGUCAGUCCCCUUCUCUAUCGCCUCCCAGCGCGGUGUUCGGCCGCCGCAUCGCGGGCGCCUGUAGAGCUCAGUCUGCGCGCGGAGCCGGGCCUGCGUCAAUAAGACGCAGAGCGAUCGGCAGCGCGGCCGCCGAGCGCCGCUCUCCGAAGAACUGGUCAACCAGCGCCGGGCUGGCCCCACCUCUCCUCCGGAGCCGCCCGGCAGUAGCCCCAGCCCCGCGCGCGCGCGAUUGGCCGCGCCCGCCCAGCUUCCCGCGCGCUGAUUGGCCGGCGCACGGAUCGGUCAGGCCGGGCGCCGCGGCGGCGGCUGCAGCGGAGGAGAAGCAAUCCAGACCGGAAGGGUCCUAG